AUAAAUUCCCCCGGCCAAGCUCCGAGCUCAUAGAUUCGGACACCGCUCACUGGACAGCACAGCAGAUUGCUAGCUAGAGUCUCUCUCAAAAUAUCCAAGGUUCAAAGCCCAAACCAUCUCGAUCAGAGCCGAUCAAAUAUUUACGCAACAAGUGAUAUAGUGUUUGCUCAUAGCUCUACUUGAAUGAUGAGUCCCAUGGAGGAAGAGAUGCUGUUGCUCCCUUCGUUCGCCUUCCCGGAGUGUUUUCCGGCCGACGCCGCUGCACCAGGCUCCGGAACUGCAAUGCGUUGUGCAGGCGGCGAGCAAAAGAAAGCCGGCCGGCAGCGGCGGAGGCGGAAGGCGUCCGCAGGCGAUGGCGACGACGCGAUGGCAAAGAAGCGGAAGCUGAACGACGAGCAGGCGCAGUUCCUUGAGAUGAGCUUCCGGAAGGAGCGCAAGCUGGAGACGUCGCGCAAGGUGCAGCUCGCCGCCGAGCUUGGCCUCGACACCAAGCAGGUGGCCGUGUGGUUCCAGAACCGCCGCGCCCGGUACAAGAGCAAGCUCAUCGAGGAGGAGUUCUCCAAGCUGCGUGCCGCCCACGACUCCGUCGUCGUCCACAACUGCCACCUCGAGGCCGAGCUACAUAGGCUCAAAGAAAGGUUGGCUGAGACAGAGGAGGAGAAGAGCAAGAUCAUGGCGGCGGCGGCGGCCACAGCAGGAGGUGGGGGCAGCAGCCCGAGCUCGUCGUCCUUCUCCACGGUGACGGACCACGCGGCCAUGGUGGACCAGUUCGAGAUGGAGGGUGCGGAGGCCAACUUCGCCUACAUGAGCGACUACACCUACAACAACUACUUGAUGGACUUGGCGGCCGGCGGCUACCUCGGAUGCGUCUACGAUCAAUUCAGCUGAUUUGGGAUAGCACAACCGUUCUACUCCUAUGAUCGAUGUGCGUAUGCACGUUACGCACGUUGCAGUAGUAGCAACUAGUAAGGCAGAACUCAGAAGUUGGUGGUAGUGUCGAUGGGUCGAUCAAUGCGACAGUGCCCAUGGAGAAUCUUGCCAGGCAAUGUACAUUAUAACUGUUAUUGGUAAUGUUCGUACUGCAUUAUUUACCAGCCUA